AUUGUAGGCUGCAGAGUUGGACUCACUCUGUACCACUAAGAAUCCUCGCUGCACUGAAACAUGAAUAUCAUACUUCUCCUAUGUCUUUUUCAAGCCUUCCAGUGGGCAAGAGCCCAGAGUAGAACGUACCUGAUCACUGCACCCAAAAUCUUGCGACUGGAUAAAGCUGAGAAGGUGGUCAUCCAGCUCUUUGGCUAUGAGCAGGACUCCACCUUCACAAUCUCACUCAAGAGCUACCCAGACAUGAAGCAAACGUUUGCCACCGAGUCUGUGACACUUACGGCCGAGAAGGGCUACCAGGAUGCAGUCAUGUUCAGGCUCCUGCCCACAGUGCUCCCAAAGAACGUCACCAGUGUGUACCUGGAGGCCUGGUCGAGUGACUUCAUCUCGGGGAAGAAGCUUUCAGUAUCCCGUGACAAUGGCUUCCUAUUCAUCCAGACGGAUAAGCCCCUGUACACCCCCAAGCAGUCAGUGAAGGUGCGGGUGUUCUCCCUCAAUGCGGAGCUGAGGCCGGCCCUUCGACCCGUCACCCUCACGUUCCUGGAUCCAGAGGGUGAGACGGUGGAUAUUGUGGAUUUGACAGAUGUCACCGGGAUCCUCUCAAUGCAAAACCCCUUCAAAAUCCCCCUGAAACCAAAGUUUGGGGUGUGGAAAAUUAAAGCUACCAACACUGAGGAAUUCACCACAACAGCAACAACUGAGUUUGAGGUCAAAGAAUAUGUUUUACCCAGUAUCUCCGUAAUUAUCCAGCCAGAGACCAACUACAUCAGCUCGUCCAACUUUGAGUCAUUCAAGGUGAAUGUGAUGGCCAGGUACAUCCAUGGGCCACCGGUCAUUGAUGCAGCAGCGUUCCUGAAGUUUGGGUACAUUGAUGGAAGCAGUACCACCAUAUUACGAGGGUCGCUGCAGAGACAAUUGGUAAGGAACGGCAAGGCGGAAUUCGUUCUGGGAGUGAAGGAGGUGUUUGAGCGACAGGCCGACAGUCCUCGCAUACUGGAUGAACUAGAUGGGAAGACCUUCUAUAUCACAGUCACAGUACAGGAGACAACCGGGGGGCUUUCUCAAGAUACCGAGCUAGCCACAGUGAAGUUCUGCCGAUCUCCCUACUCAAUCAGCCUGAUUGCCACUCCACCCUUCAUUAAACCUGGACUGCCUUACUCUAUCAGGGUGGUGGUGAAGGACCCGCUGGGGCAACCGGUACGCCACAUACCAGUAAAGGCACGGGCAGAAAUAGAGGUUGAUGAAACACGGAUGACACUGGAUCACAGUGAAAAGGAGGAGGCUAAGAAAACCCAGGAGGACGGCACGACGCGCUUCAUGUACAACAUCCCACUGAACGCCAAAGCAGCCACAUUUUCACUGCACACUGAAGACAGUACACUGCCAGCCACCAGCCAGGCCCAUCUGAAAUAUGAUGCUGAGGCCUACAAGUCAAUUAACCGGCGCUAUGUGUAUAUUAGCUGGUCCGCCAACCAUAAAGAGAUGGUGGUGGGUGAUUAUGCCAACAUUCAUGUCAACUUCUACCACCCCGAGAACAUCCCCUUGCGAACCUUCAGCUACCAGAUCAUCUCCAGGGGGACAAUUGUGAAGUUUGUGACAAAGCCAGGGACAGGCAACCACCAAGUCAUCACCUUCCAAAUAACCUCUGAAAUGGUGCCCUCGGCCCGCCUCUUGGUCUACUACAUCAUGACCGGGGAGCAGACGGCAGAGCUAGUGGCUGACUCUGUGUGGUUCCCUGUGAAAGCAAAGUGUGUUAAUGACAUGAAGACGACACAAUGGGCCAAAAAGGAGUCAUACAAGCCCAAGGAGAAUUUGACGCUGCAGGUGGAGGCAGGGCAGCGCUCCCUGGUGGCCUUCUCCGCCACUGACGCGGCCAUCUACAACCUCCGUGCGCCGAGCAGGGACCCCAUGGCCACAACACUCCGUCGCAUUGAGCAAAGUGACCAGGGCUGCGGGGGAGGAGGCGGUAGGGACAAUGCUGAUGUGUUCCGCCGUGCCGGCCUCGCCUUCAUCACAAACGCCAACGCUGCUUCGUCUGAAGAUGGGACCUGCUCUGCACUCCUGCGGCCAAAGCGAUCCAUUGAAAUUGAGAUCGAGAUUAAUAAUAAAGUUAGUUCAUAUAAGAACAAAUUUGAAGCAAUCUACUGCAAGCAGGGAAUGGAAAGUAUCCCGAGUCUGGAGACUUGUGAAGACCGUGCCCACCACUUACAUAUAAAACUCAAAGGGGCUAAUCACGAAAGAUGCAAGAAGGCCUUCAGAGAAUGCUGCGAGUUCUACCUAAAGCUACAUGCGGCGGCUAUCUCCUCCACCCAUCUUACCUUGGCACGCAUGGAUGGGAACGUCUCUGCACUCCUGCGGCCAAAGCGAUCCAUUGAAAUUAAGAUAGAGUUGGAUAUUCAAGUUAGUUCAUAUAAGGGCAAAUUUGAAGCAAUCUACUGCAAGUUGGGAAUGGAAAGUAUCCCGAGUCUGGAGACUUGUGAAGACCGUGCCCGCCGCUUACACAUAAAACCCAAAAGGGCUAAUCACGAAAGAUGCAAGAAGGCCUUCAGAGAAUGCUGCGAGUUCUACCUAAAGCUACAUGCGGCGGUUAUCUCCUCCACCCAUCUUACCUUGGCACGCAUGGAGAUGGAAAUCCAAUUUGGAUUCAACGCUCCGAGGGUACGCAGUUUCUUCCCAGAGAGUUGGCUGUGGGAGGUGCACCCUGUCACUGACCCUUCGGGGGUGCUAUCAAUUGAGAAGAGCCUGCCAGAUUCUCUCACCACCUGGGAGUUCAAAGCAGUGGAGAUGUCCAGUAAGGGGAUGUGUGUUGCCGACCCACUGAGGGUGCAAGUGACUCAGAAAGUGAGCGUGGAUGUACCUGUGCCCUACAGUGUGGUGCGUGGGGAGCAGAUCGAGUUGCGUGGCUCUGUGUACAACCAGCUGGAAACAGCAUUGAAGUUCUGCGUGACCUUGACGGCCUCCAAAGGGGUGUGCCUAUUCCAGGCCAAGGCUAAAGGGGGCGAGGCUUCUCGGAGCACCCCCUGCACCAUGCAAGAACUGGAUAGUAUGUCCGUUUCCAUGGUGCGCUUUACACUCAUGGCCCUGGAGGUGGGAGACUACAAGCUCAGCUUCACCCUGCGCAGCAACAUGGGUUCAGAAACAGUCAUCAAGACCCUCCAUGUGGUGCCUGAGGGCAUUAAGACUGAGAUUCUAGUCGGUGGAACUCUGGAUCCUCUAGGAGUGUAUGGGAAAGCAAGGAGGAGGCUGGAGUUUCAGAACAGUGUUCCCCCGAGCCUGGUGCCCAAGUCCAGUGUGGACCGUCUCCUCACUGUCAAUGGGGAGAUACUAGGGGCGGUGAUCUCAAUCCUGAAUGACCCCAAAGGGCUGCAGCAGUUGACUUCUCUGCCCCGAGGCUCAGCAGAGGUGGAGAUUAUGGGAGUCUUGCCUGUGUACUAUGUGUACCACUACUUGGAGUCAACCAACAGAUGGAACCUGAUGGGAGCUGACACCAUGCACAGCAGAAUGAGCUUGAAGAAGAAGCUAAAGGAGGGGAUCACCAGCCUCAUGUCCUUCAGGAAGAAAACUGAGCACAGUUACAGCAUGUGGACAAACAGGGAGGGCAGCACCUGGCUAACAGCUCUAGUGGUGAAGACUCUGGGACAGGUGGCAAAAUAUGUGACAGUGGACAAAGUAUCUCUGUGCAACUCCAUCUUCUGGCUCAUGACCAUGCAAAACGAAGAUGGAUCCUUCAGAGAGGAAUCCAACUAUAAACCCUCCAAGAUCAUGGGCGCAGGGGCUGAUGUGACUGACAAGGCAGCCUUCCUCACGUCCUUCACCAUCAUCGGGAUCAGGAGCGGAAAUGAAAAGUGCUCGCUGCUGGAGUUUAAACACGCCCUGGACAAAGCGGUGGAGUACCUGUACAGCACCUUUGAGAGCCUGAAGAGCGUGUAUGUCCGUGCGGUCGCCUCUUAUGCACUCGCGCUGAUGGACCAGUCCAGCAUCCCGGCCCGUCAUCUGUAUGAACAACUCCAGAACAAGGCCAUUGUCAAAGGUAGCCCGCCUAUUGUCCGCUUCUGGGAGGAUAAAAAUGCCAGCCCAGAUGCCUCUAAACCAAAUAAGAUGUCAGCACAGACUGUGGAGACCACAGCGUACAUUCUGCUCACCACCAUGCUCUAUGGGAACAUGCAGUAUGCCAACCCCAUCGUCAACUGGUUGACCCAAGAUCAGCGCUAUGGAGGAGGCUUCCACUCAACACAGGACACCAUCCUCACCCUGGAAGCCCUGUCAAGGUAUAGCGAACUGGUCACGCACACAGAGCUGAACAUGGAUAUCCGAGCCUCCUACAGGAAUAAGGGUGACAUUCAGCAAUUCUCACUGUCAAACAAGCGUCCUGUGGCCACACCCAUCCAGGUGACGAAUGAUGAUGAUGUCAUUCUUGUGACCGGCUAUAGCACUGGGGUGUCAGUUGCCCAAAUGAAAACUGUGUUCUACAGCAUGACACAAUCCAAUGAAGACUGCUACUUUGACCUGGAAAUUGAGAUGCAGGGACCAGAACCCGACACUGUAGAACCAAUGCUCAUGUCUCCUCGAAUUUUUGCCUGCGCAAGGUAUAAGCCUGGUGAGAAUGAUGUGUACACAGAGUCCAGCCAUACUGUCAUGGAGAUUCAGCUGCCCACAGGCGUAUACCCUGUUGAGGAGGACCUGGAUCUUUUGCAGAAUUCUCUAGAAUCCAGGAUCUCCAAUUAUGAGAUCCAGGGUGAUCAGGUCGUUCUUCAGGUGGAUAGAGUUCCCUCAGAAGACUCUCUAUGCGUGGGGUUCCGGAUUAAAGAGCUCUUCAACACUGGCAUGGCCAGCUCCUCCUUGUUCAAGGUGUAUGAGUUCAACAAUCCUGAUAGCCAGUGCUUCAAGCUUUACUCCCGGCAAGGGGAGCGCAAGCUGCUUCGGCUCUGUGAGGGGGAUGAGUGUCAGUGCAUGGCUGCGGAGUGUAGCAGCUUCAAGCCGGACAUGGACCUCAGCAUAACAGCUGAUGUGCGCCUGAAGGCUGUUUGCCAAGACCACAUAAAAUAUGCCUUUAAGGUGAAAAUCAAGUCCUUUGUGGUAGACGGAGAUUUUAUGAGCUACACAGCACAGAUAAAUGAUGUCUAUAAAAAGGAUACUGAGGAUGUAAAGAGGGGCACAGAAGUAACAUUUGUGAAGAAGGCAACAUGCACUCAGGUGCACCUGGUUGAGGGGAGUCAGUAUCUGAUCAUGGGGUCAGAGGUCAUGCAGAUAGAAAUGCAGCGGAGCUAUGCGUACAAGUACCCACUAGACUCAGAUACCUGGGUGGAGAAAUGGCAUGAGGCAGAAGAAUGCAAGGGAUCGCCCUGCACAAAAUUUGUGGAAAUCAUGGAGGAUUUUGCAUUUCAAUUCCUGAUAGAUGGGUGUGGACAGUUGUAGGAUUGGCCUACCUAAUCUCUUCAAGACAGAUAUAAACCAUAAAAAAUGAAUGAUGUGUUGCACCAAUGAAAAAAUAACUUGUUAUGAGUAUUGCGUAGGCCUAAAUCCAUUAAUAUAGGCCAGUAGUAUGUAGUUCAGUUGAUGAUACGAAACAUUGAAGAAUGGCUAACUAUGUUUGUUCUCUGUACAAAUAAAAAGGUAUUAAAUGUAAUAAAAUAAACAAAUAAACAGUUCAAUUACUUUGUAUCAUAUGAAUACCAUACCUGA